AUGAUUGGAUCUUUGAGAAAUGCACAGCUAGUUUACUUGAAAGGGGAGGACCAGAAUUUCUCCCCGUUGCCAAAAGUAACCAGAGAUUCAGUGAGGCAAUACCUUCAAUUCAGACCUGACCAAUCAGUGAUCAUCUUACAUGCCAAAGUUGCUCAGAAGUCUUACGGCAAUGAGAAGAGGUUUUUCUGUCCGCCUCCUUGCGUGUAUCUCAGUGGACACGGAUGGAAACUCAGACAGGAGCAACUUAAAGCAUCAGGUCUAGGAGAGUUCAGUUGUUGGCUUUUCGGUUACAUGGGUCUGGACAGCUCCGCUGAUCCACGGACAGACAGAUUCAAGCUGAGCUUUGAGGAGCAGACAGACAGGAGGAUGUUUGCCUGCGCUAAAACCUUGUAUAUCUCAGAUACGGACAAACGAAAGCACUUUCGCCUGCUGCUACACCUGUUUCACAGUGGAGGGCAAGAAAUUGGCACAUUCAACAGCAGACUCAUUAAAGUCAUCUCUAAACCAUCACAGAAGAGGCAGUCCAUGAAAAACGCUGACCUGUGUAUUUCUUCAGGCUCAAAAGUAUCAUUGUUUAACCGCUUGCGGUCACAGACGGUCAGUACGCGUUACCUGGCGGUGGAAGACGGGGCUUUUGUCGCCAGCGCGAGACAGUGGACGGCCUUCACUGUCACUUUAGUGGAGGAGAUGCAAGCCGCUCAUAGUGAGUACACUGUGUGUGACAGCUACAUCUGUUACGGCUGUGUGGUUCAGCUGGUAUGCACUGACUCAGGAGUGGCACUGCCACCAAUGGUAAUACGUAAAGUGAACAAGCAGCAUGCAUGUCUAGACGUGGAUGAGCCUGUGUCUCAGCUUCAUAAAUGUGCUUUCCAGUUCAGAGACAGUAACCAUAUGUACCUUUGCCUGUCUAAUGAAAAAAUCAUACAGUUCCAGGCCUCUCCGUGUCCUAAAGAAAGUAAUAAGGUGUUACUGAAUGAUGGCUCCUGCUGGACCAUCAUUGGAACGGAGGUGGUUGAAUACACCUUCAGUGAGAAUCUCACCAGUCACCCGACCACCAUCAGCCCUGUACCUGUCAUCAAUGGACUAGAGGUCAGAAAUCAAGCCAGCAGUUAUGUUCCUUCAUUUCAUCUCUUCAAUAUUUAA